GUUUGUGGGAGUCGGGGCCGCAGGAGGAGGAGGAGGAAGAACUGGCCGCGGCUGGUUCUCCCGCACAUAAACAGCCCGAGUCUGCGGGAAAGAGGAAAAAACACACAAAAGAAGAGCACUGCAUCUGAGACACACUCACAUCCGACCAGGAGUGCAGGUCUUUUAGAAGAGGAGCUUGGACGGCAUGCAAAGUUGUGAAAUAUCUUCGGACAGCACAGAUGAUCCUCUCAGUAGCGGCUUACGCAGGCAUCACCAACCGCGAAUAGUAGUUAUCGGCGCGGGCUUGGCCGGCCUGGCAGCCACCCAAACCCUCUUGGAGAACGGCUUCACCAAUGUCACGGUGCUAGAGGCCUCGGACUGCAUCGGAGGCAGAGUGCAAAGCGUUCAAUUCGGUAAAGCUACUUUGGAACUAGGAGCCACCUGGAUCCAUGGCGCUAACGGGAACCCCAUCUACCACCUGGCUGAGGAUAAUGGGCUUCUGGAGCACACCACGGAGGACGAGCGCAGCGUGGGCCGCAUCAGCCUCUACGCCAAGAACGGUGUGGCCCACUACCAGACCAACAGUGGCAAGCGUAUCCCCAAGGACCUGGUGGAGGAGUUCAGCGACUUGUACAAUGAGGUGUAUGAGCUGACUCAGGAGUUUUUCCAGAACGGGAAGCCGGUGGGCGCCGAGACGAAGAACAGCGUGGGUAUCUUCACACGUGACCUGGUGCGCAAAAAGAUCAUGAUGGACCCUGACGACUCUGAAAGCACAAAGAAGCUGAAGCUGUCCAUGCUGCAGCAGUACCUCAAGGUGGAAAGCUGUGAGAGCAGCUCCGCCAGCAUGGAUGAGGUGUCACUGAGUGAGUUCGGAGAGUGGACGGAGAUCCCCGGUGCUCACCACGUCAUCCCUGGUGGCUUCAUCAAAGUGGUAGAGCUGCUGGCCCAGGAUAUUCCGAGCCGCGUGCUGCACCUCGGAAAACCCGUCCGCCGCGUCCACUGGAAUUACAGCGCUCAGGACGCCGAGGGCGACGCCGACCAAGCCGACCACAACCAGGAUCAGCGACCCGGGCCGGCUCCGGUGCGCGUCGAAUGCGAGGACGGCGAGUGGUUCCUCGCCGAUCACGUGAUUGUUACGGCCUCGCUGGGUGUCUUAAAGAAAGCCCACGAGACGCUCUUCUCUCCGAGCCUGCCCCUGGACAAGGCCCUGUCCAUCCAGAAGCUGGGCAUCAGCACCACGGAUAAGAUCUUCCUGGAGUUCUCCGAGCCCUUCUGGAGCCCAGAGUGCAACAGCAUCCAGUUCGUGUGGGAGGACGAGGCACACCUGGAGAGCCUGGCUUAUCCAGAAGAGCUCUGGUACCGUAAAAUCUGCAGCUUCGACGUGCUUUACCCGCCCGAGCGCUACGGCCACAUGCUGAGCGGCUGGAUCUGUGGAGACGAGGCGCUGCUCAUGGAGCGCUGCGACGACGAAACCGUGGCUGAGAUGUGCACCGAGCUGCUCCGCAAGUUCACAGGGAACCAGAACAUUCCAAAGCCACGGCGGAUCCUGCGCUCGUCGUGGGGCAGUAACCCCUACAUCAGGGGCUCGUACUCGUUCACCCGCGUGGGUUCCAGCGGGGGAGACGUCGAGCGACUGGCUGAACCCCUGCCCUACACCAAGAGCUCCAAGGCUCCGCCAUUGCAGGUGCUGUUUGCUGGCGAGGCCACACACAGGAAAUACUAUUCCACUACCCAUGGUGCUUUGCUGUCUGGUCAGAGGGAGGCGAACCGUCUCAUCGAGCUGUACCACGACGUCCUCAAUGCAGAAACCACAAAAGCCUAAUACGUAAUAAAAGAAAUGAAUCAAACACAAACCACUAACUCGUGACUUAAAAACUAUGUUUUAAUGAUUUCUGUAUUCUAAAUGACUAAACGUGUAUUAAAAAAAAAAAAAAAAAAAACUAGUAGGGGCAUUAAACUAAUAACAAAAAAAAAAAA